AUGGCGCCUGGAGGACCUCCUGGCUCCGGCCGUGGCCGUGGUGGAAAAUUCAAGAAAUUCACCCGUGGUGGUGGUAAAAACUUUUCCAAAAAUCUUCGUCCACUAGACGCAGAAGGGAACGAAAUGGCUAAACCUGACGCCGAUAACAAUUCCGAGAAAGAAGAAGACUCCUCAGAUGAAGAUUCUCUUGAAGAAGAGGAGUCUAAUCAGUCAAACUUAAAUCGUGAAGAACGCCGUGCUGCAGCCAAAGCUAAGAAAGAGGCUGCAAUCUUCAAGAAAAAAGCCAAGGUUGUUGAGACUGGUGAUUUACCGACUAGUUCCGAAGACGAAAGUCAAGAUGAAGCUAUGCAAUCUAAUCCAAACCACACAAAAGCAUCGCGGAAUCAAACCAUGCCUUCCGCAGAUAUGGCAGAGAUGAGUAAGGGUGUAGAAGAACUUAAAGUAUCUACCAAAGGAAAGCCAAUGGCAGAACUGAGCCGUAGAGAAAGAGAGGCAGUGCAAGCACAGCAAGCUAAAGAAAGGUAUCAGAAGCUUCACGAGGCUGGAAAAACAGACGAAGCAAAAGCAGAUUUAGCGCGACUUAAAUUAGUUCGAGAGAAAAGAGAGGCAGAAGCCGCUCGAAAACAGGCCGAAAAGGAAGAGCGUGAAAGACUAGAAAAGCUAAAGAAAGCCGAAAUUGAUGCGCGUGAAUCCAAGCGAAGAGAGGCUGCAUUGGGUCCAGCUAAAGGUAGGGGUAAAUCGAAAGCGUAA